AUGUCUUACCGUCGCCUCCCACCUCCGAUAGCCAGCCGCCACACCUCCUCUUCUCCUCUUUCUCGUCUCCUCCCCUUCCCUCCGGUGCUGACGCCGCCGAGGGGCGUGAUCGCAUCCAGCAGUUAUUGCUGCUGCCUCCGGCAACCACCAUCGAGCCGCCUCCGGCAGCCACCGCCACCGCCACCUCCCGCGGCUACUACAGUUACCUCCGGCGGUCACCACCUCGCCGCCUUUGGCGGCCAUCGCUGCCCUCAUCUCCAGGGACUACCACAACCACCUCCAACGGUCGUCCAUGCCGCCUCCAACGACCUUCACCGCCGACGCCGCCUCCAGCAUCCACCAGCACCUCAUGCCACUACCAAUGGCACCUUACGCCGUUGUCGCCGGCACCCCAUGCCGCCGUCGGACAAACUGGCAGCAGGAAGGCCACUAGCGCCUCAAGCCGCUGCUGCCGGCGCUUCAAGCCGCUGCUGCCGGCGCUUCACGCCGCUGCCACCUCAUCCACCGGUCGACCCACGGGCUCCAUGA